AUGGAAUCUGAACACGUGUGGCGCGUGGGAGCGUGCAGCACAAAUAGUUCCCUCCACAACCAGAACAAUAUCUUCAACGGAAUAAUGCUCCGUUUCCGACCGAUCGCACCGAAGCCAGUUACCGGGACCUCAUCAACCUCCGGAGAACUAACUCCGGCGAAACAGUCCAUCACUACACCACUUCCAGGUAAAAGAACAAAGAGAAAGUACGUUAGGAUUCGGAGAAACAACGGAUAUAUAAAAAAGAAUGGUAAUAAACCACCGGAAAAAGUUGUUGAAACAGCAGAAAACAUGGAUAGCGUUGCCGCAGUUGUUACUCUACAGUUGAUGCCAGAAAAAGCGGAAGAAGACACACCUAUCUCCGGUGAUUCGUGGUGUAAAAACGUUGAUCUUAACUUAAGAGUUGAGAAGAUUCAGAUCUUAGAGAAUCUGAAUUCAAAUCCGAACUCCAAACCGGAUCUCGAAACGCAAAACGCCGGUGGAAUUCUAGAUCUGAUAUCAACGUCGGAGAAAGCGGUGGUUGAGUCAUGGAUAACGGUGGAGAGCGUGACAGGCACGUGCAUGAGUGAAGAAAGUGAGCGAGUGUUAAAUUGUGCGGACGUUGAGAAAAUGAAGAUUCUAGAAACGGACACGUGUCCGUGUUUUGUAACGGACAGUUACGGAAGGGUUUUGUGGGUGAACGACGCUUACAAGAGGAUGGUGGUGAACGACGAGAUUAAAGAGAUUGACGUUGUCGUUUGGUUGAAGGUGAAGGAAAGUGUUGCAUGGUGUUAUUCUUACCCAGCGUUCACCUGUGGUGUUAGGUUACAGUACACGUGGCGGAACGAGAAGUGUUUAAAAAUGGUUCCUUGUGAUGUUUGGAGAUUACAGUGUGGUGGUUUUGCAUGGAGAUUAGACGUGAAAGCUGCUCUAAGUUUGGGGCUGUGA